AUGCCCUCUCUUUCGAGGCAUGUCGGUCUAACGAGGAGGGGCCAUACGGAAGGAGCACCACUAUCACAAGCCGGUGGAAGACCUGUAAGUCGAGGAUCACAAAAUGUCGUGACGCCCAAAGAAGAAAUUAGUACAAGUCAGAAAGUGGAACCUGCCACCGACGACGAGCCACUAAGUUCCAGUGAGGAGGAGAGCGAAGCCGAACGAGUUAAGAAACAAGAAUUGGAAGAAAGGAAAGAAGAGGAUCGACAAUUUCAAGAGAAAGUGGCAAAAGAUACCAACAAGAAAGGUGCGGGCAAACGAAAGCGUGAUGGUAGGAGGAAGAGCAACCCACCUUCUUCAAAUGCACGCACAGACGAGGACAACGGGUACGACAUAUUUGGUAUGAGAUCAUCACAGAAACUGGCCAGCAGUCAAGCAAAAACAUACAGCAGCCAGUCCAAUAUCAACAAGCUCAGUGGAUUCCAAAUACCCCGGGAGAUAGCUGUGAAGGAUAGGAAAUCUGAGAGUCCCGUUGACUUCAUCAAUCCAAGAAAUAUCGAAUGGAAAAGCCCUCGCAAGUCACAGAAAAAGACGAACGGAUCGACUGCAAACGGCUACAAGAAAGAAGAAGACACUACCUUUCGUAUGCCUGCAGCUCUCAAGGAGGAUCCAUUUGACAGUAUACCAUUGCCAAUCAGCCAAUUUAAGGAGCCACCCGGCCAAUCUACCACAAGCGAUCCCAGCUCCGCAUUCACUGCUGGAGACUUCGAUUUCGAUUUCGACGACAGCAUAUCAUCACUUAGCUCACCACCGUCCGAACUAGCUUCUUUAUUGUCGGAAGAUGACGACGACGGAACCCAAAAUAUACCCACAAAUACAGAACAAUCACUAUGCCCGAACUGCAACGCCCCCGUCGACCCAGACUUGCUCGGCGAAUAUCUGAUACGGCCAAAUCGGCGCUUAAAGGACGACCGCCUAUUCUGCGAAAGUCAUAAGAUGAAUAAGGCAGAGAAGGAUUGGACUGAUAACAAAUAUCCCACGAUUGAUUGGGACACGUUUGAUAAGCGAGUGCAAGGACAUCUUCUAGAACUCGAGCGUCUUUUAGUGCCCAACCCCUCAACUUUCUUCCGGGGUCGCUUUGAGAGCACUUUGAAUGAUGGACAAGCCAAAGUUUUCAAGUUUGACUUGGAGGGCGAUAGUACAGAGGGACUGUCGUGCGGAUAUUAUGGCCCUAAGGGGGCGAACAAAAUGCUGAACUUUGUAACCUCCAAAUACUCUGGCAAGCUUCGUCAGCUAGCGGCCACGGACAAAGUCAUCAAAGCUGCCGGCGCGGCUGCGUAUGCGCAAGCCGUGCUUGUGCCCGAAUUGACGGUUUUAUUAAUCAAGAAAGACAUGAAAGUCGACAGCCAGGAUGCUCGGCAAAUUCUUAGAGAGAGCACUGAUAUUGGAUUAAGACUUAAUCCAGCGGAACAAGAUCGGAUCCAUGUGGAACAGAAAAAUGAAGUUGAGAAAAGGAAUUGA